AUAGCAAUUUUUUUCUACAUAUGUGAUCGAUCACGCGCAACGAUCAAUUUAAUAGGACACAUAUAAUUUGCUGCAUAUGAUGGUUUUGAUUACUUUUAUUUACUUGAGGAUAUUCAGGUGGGAUCGAGUAAAUUUUUAACGUUAGCAAAUUCCGAUUGUCAUUGUGCAAGAGUAGCUCAGCUUUAAAAAGAGCAACUGACCGUUCAACAAUCAUUGUCAUAAAGUUGUCGCGAGUUGUACCAUUUGCUUGUUUCAAAAUCGCAAAGAUUAAAAAUGUUCGCGCCGAUUUUCACGCUUUUUCUAUUCUCCAUGGUUUUAGCUACCGACAGGAACUUGAACAGGACAGACUUGAAAUGUGUAGGACAUGCUUUCCAUAACGUGUCUCUUUCCGCAUAUUACCCCGUGUUCGGAACGAAUGACAAGCGCAAUCAUCUGGAUGAUCGAGGAAAAAUGUUGAAGACUCUUCAGGAUUACCUUGAUGGCCGCACUCGUUAUGUCACUGUCGCUGGUAAUUUGAAAUCCGGUAUUCCAUAUGGAACAAAAAUAUGUAUAGAAAAGCUGAACGAACGUUUCGGGAAACAAAUUUCCUUACAGAUAAGAGAUCAAGUUGAUUCUGAAGACAAUAUUGACAUUGCAAAUGAUUUCUCGAGAUUGGAAAUUUGUGUCAGGACUGAAGAAGAUACUUAUGAUACUUAUGUCAAUGAUGUCGUUUCUGUUUAUGUAUAAUAAUCAAUGGACUAAAAUUAUAUAUCUUUAUUAAUCUAAUUAUUAUUAAAUUA